UGGAACGUCACUUCAACCUUUUUCCUCAAAUCGCUCAACCUGGAUAGAAACCUCCCGUCCGUCAACUCGUAAAAGACGACCCCGCAUUACCUGCUCCGCCGCAGCUUGGAAGACUCAAUUGAGCAGUCACAUCACUUCCCGACACGUUUACUCCAGUCCUUUCCCCUCUGCGACUCUGCAAUCGCACCGACUCCCCCCCCGCUUGGUAGCCUCGGCGCGUCAAGACGCGAGCUGUGCGAUUUUCAGAAACCCGCCUUCGAGAACGAACGCUACGAUUCCCGAGAAACCCUAACGAUUUCCGAGCUGUGAUAAGCCGCGCGACAAUAAAACCUACAAAAUUAACCAACGACAAUGGACAAGCCGAACGCGCUCGGCAUCACCGCCGAUGAAUUCAAGGCGAUUGAGCAGACGCGCCAGCGUCUGUUCCAGCUCUCCAACAGUAUCCAGGGCCUGCGGAUGGACGUCUUGAAGAGUAACCCGCUUCCUCCCCCAGCAUCCCUCCAAGCACAAUCUCAAAUCCUCCUCCGCAACCUCCAAUCCCUCCUCGAGACCCUGACGGAAAACACGCACGUCUUUCAACACCUCCACGUCUUCCCGGACGUCGCGUACCCGGGCCGCGUGCACGAGAAUAUCCUGCUGCAGCUGCUUCGCAAGAAACUCGAGCCGGGCGUUGAGGAGUGGGUUGAGCGUGGGCGGGAGACGACGCGGGAGCUGCGCGGCGGUGGCGGCGAGGCCCAACUCGAGGCGGUGUGGCGCGACGUGCGCGCCUGGACCGUCGAGCGGGUGCAGAAAUACGUCCUCGAGGAGGCGGGCGACGUGUAUACCGAGGACGAGCGGCGGAUGGGGGUGGAGAAUGUAAGGACUGGGUUGAGGAGGGGGCUUGAGGAGGAGGAGGAGGAGGAAGAGGAGGAGGAUGAUGAUGAUGACGAGGAUGGGAGUGAUGAGGAGGGUGGUGGUGGGGAUGUGGUCAUGUCUGGGCAGUCGCAGACGAAGAAACCGACAAAACCAACGGGCCCGGAGCCGGAGAUGCUCUUCUGGUUCGAGGCGAGGGGGGACUUUGAGUUACCGCGGAACGUGGACUUGUUGAGCCAGGCUGGUACGAAACGUGGGCGGUGAUGUAGGGAGAGAGUGGGAGGGGCGAGGCGAGGCGAGGCGAAAGCGAGGGUUCCGGAGCAGGCAGGACGUGUCUGGGGAAGAGCAGAUCGAUGAUACCCGGCCGCGAUGGCGGCUCUUUGAGAGUUUUUUUUUUGAGUUAUUUUUUUCGAUCUCGUCUUGCAAUGCAACUUCAGGAGGGGGGUUAUUGAAGGAGGAGAAGAAGCAGAGGAGGAGGAGGAGGAGGAGGAGGAGUUUCUGGAACGGUAGUG